CAAGGAGAUAUUUUCCUAAAAAACAAAUUGGAUAACUGGAAGAAAAAAAAGCCAGUAACUCAAAAGAAAUCGAAGAUAGAUUACCAGCAGGGAAAAUUAAUCUCAUCCUCUACAUGUCCAUUACUAUCUUCUUCUCUCCUUCUUCUCAUCACUCCAACACUCUUCAUUUCUUUUAUAAUGCAGAUUCCUUCAAAACCCUUUCUUCAAAACCCUUCGAUUUCACUUCUAAACCUCUUCUCAGAGUUUCCCGUUCUCAGAAUGAAAUUCAAUCCCAAAACCCUCCUCCAUCAUUAUCUGAACCACCCCCAUGUACUAAAAUGCCUACAGCCCCUUGGAUGAAAGAGCCAAUACUUAUACCCUCAGAUGAAGUUCUAAAUAUAUCAAGAAUUAGAAAAUUAAAGAAUUUCAACAACAGGGAUGAUUGGUCACUUACAGAUAAAAUCAAAGGAGGAAGAGGGAAACAGGCAAUGCGUAAAAUUGUUGAUAGCAUUACAAAACUUGAUGAUUUGACAGAAAAAAGGGGGGAAUUGCCUCAAAAGGAGGCGGAAGGAUACGAUUUCAGUGUGCCAAUUGAAGAAGUUGUUGGAGAGGAGGAAGAGGAUUUGAGAAUGAAUCCAAGAAUGCCAUGGGUAGUGACUCAGAAGGUUGUGUUCCGGAGGACCAAGAAGGAAAGAGUGGUAACUGCAGCGGAAUUGAGUUUACCUGAAUCGCUACUUAAGAAGUUGAAAUGUGAUGCUGAGAAGAUUAAGAAAUGGGUUAAGGUUCCAAAAGCUGGAGUGACUGAAGCAGUUGUAGAUGAGAUUAAUGUAAUUUGGAAGAGAGGUGAGCUUGCAAUGGUCAAAUUCGAUAUUCCGCUGUGUCGAUAUAUGGAUAGAGCUCGGGAAAUCAUUGAGCUGAAGACGGGAGGCUUAGUUGUUUGGACUAAGAAAGACACUCAUGUUGUUUAUAGAGGGUUGUUACAUGGAUCACCAUCUAAUGGUUCUUUGAAGUUAAAUCUAGUUCCUGCUAGUGAUAAAAUUUCUCUGUCAAAAGCUGUUGUUUUGAACAAAGAUGUCAGUGCUGGGUCAUUAACAAAUAGGGCUGUUCAGGAUGAAAACAUAACUGGAAAGAGCUUAGAAGAGAGUACUCAUUUUGCUGGCAUGGAAGAAUUUUUUUGUCACCAGUUAGUCCAAGGGACACUGUAUGAGAGGGAAGCUGAUAGGUUAUUGGAUGGGUUAGGACCUCGUUUUGUUGAUUGGUGGUGGCCUAAGCCUCUGCCUGUAGAUGCAGAUUUGCUUCCUGAAGUCAUUCCAGGUUUUAUGACUCCAUUUAGACUCUGUCCUCCACAUGUGAGACUGCAGCUGGCAGAUGAUGAGUUGACAUACUUGAGGAAGCUUGCUCGUGCUUUACCUACUCACUUUGCUCUUGGGAGGAACACAAAACUUCACGGAUUGGCUGCUGCAAUUAUAAAGUUGUGGGAAAAAACACACGUCGUGAAGAUUGCUGUGAAGGUGGGAGUUCCAAAUACCAACAAUGAGCAAAUGGCGUGGGAGAUAAAGCGUCUCACUGGUGGUGUUCUGAUAUUACGUAAUAAAUCUUUUAUCAUUUUUUAUAGGGGUAAGGACUUCGUGCCCCCAAGAGUUGCGAGUUUAAUAGUCAGCAGAGAAACAGAGCUUAAACAUUGUCAAGUUGAGGAAGAGGGUGCACGACAGAAAGCACUUGAAUCAUUACAUGUGAAUAACAAAGAGGUUCAUAACAACUGCACUGUCGGAACAUUUUCUGAUUUUCGAGAUAUCCAAGCUAAAUAUGAACUCCUGAAAAUUGGUUGUGGAGUUGUUGAUGUCGAAAAAGAGGCUGAAAAAGAGAGAUUGGAGAAGGAGCUCAGGAUGCAAAAGCACAAACUUGAGAUUCUUCAGGCGAAGAUAGAUAAAUCAGACGCGGAAUUGGCAAAGCUUAAUUCUAGUUGGACCUAUGCAGAGCAGGUUGUUGACCAUGAAAUGAUUACUCAAGAGGAAAAACAAUGUCUUAGGAAGAUGGGCCUAAAAAUGAGUAAAACCUUGUUGCUUGGGAGACGUGGUAUCUUUGAUGGAGUAAUUGAGAGCAUUCAUCAGCACUGGAAGCAUAGGGAAGUUGUGAAGGUGAUUACUAUGCAACCAGAGUUCUCUCAAGUCAAUGUUACUGCUAUGUGGCUAGAGAGAGAAAGUCGUGGGCUACUGGUUGCGAUCGAGAGGUUAAGGAAAGGUCAUGCCAUAAUUUUAUACCGUGGUAAAAAUUAUAAGCGUCCACCAAAAAUACUGUCAGGAAACCUCCUGACGAAAAGAGAGGCGUUACAACGGUCACUUGAAAUGCAGAGAGUAGGAUCGCUGAAGUUCUUUGCAUAUCAGAGAAUGAGGACAAUCUCAGAUUUGGAACUUAAAUUGAAGGAUUUGCUGGAAAAGAGAUGAGAAAGUAACUGAAACUCUCAUAAAUCAGUUUAAUGUCAGCGGGCAAGAUUUAUGCUUCUCAGAAGACUGUCCACCGUAUAUCCUACAUUGCUAAUGGUAAGUACCUUUUAGUGGUGUGGACCUCUUAAUAGUCGAGCAAUCCUCGAAUGUGAAGGAAUUUCGUGAUUGUACAGUCUGCGCUGGGUAAAUGUCUACCCUGCUUGCAUUUAGAAUUGUGUAGAUUGUAUAGAAUAUAGACUAUCUAGCUUACCUGACCUGUUACUGUAUAAGUGAGUGAAUAUUGUUUUCCAAUGUAAAAAUAUAUAUAAACUGCAAUGCCCUUACUUGGAAAUUAAAAUGACAGCCUCAUAAUUAUCCU